AGAUUGUUAGCAGGUUAGCAUAGUGUACUUAGGGUUUAAGCAGAUAAGAGAAGGAAAAUAGGAUUGUAAGUUUACUUGCAAUGUUUUGUUAGGCUAAGAAAAAUAAUGUAGAAUAUUCUUGCUAACGGCAUAUCUAUGCAGUUUCCACAAUUUCAGUGCAUUCUGGAUUUAAUCUAAAAUGUCAAAGAUCUUGGAUCAGAGAAUUCUGUUGUUAGUAAUUUCAUUUUCAGCAAGUGUGCAGAGUACAAAGGUACUUUCAGAAUGGAAGAAGUGUGGUGAUCCAGAAUGUGAGAAGGCAAUGAGCAGAGUUCAAGCCACUACAGACUACUUAGGGCCUGAUUGCCGGUAUCUUAACUUCAAAACAGGAGAAGAAAUAAUGGUAUACUCCAAACUUUCCAGGGAAAAUGAAAACCUGUGGACUGGCAGUAAAGGAAAGGAUUUUGGAUACUUCCCAAGAGAUGCUGUGAAGGUUGAGGAAGUUUUUAUUGGAGAAGAAGUUGAAGUGCUCACUAAGGAAUCUGAUUUCCUCUGUCUUCACGAAGAUAAGUAUGUUUUUGAAAAUGAAGAUAGCACAUUAUAUGAUCACAACAAAGAAAGUGAAUAUUCAUUGUCUGAUGCAGAACCAAAGCUGCAUGAAAAUGAAACCUUAAAUUAUACAAAAGACUCCAUACAAAAUGAAGGAAGAAUUGAAUCAGUUUCUGAAAAUGAUUCUGAGGAAACUUACGCUCAGGAGUCUGCAAACAAACAGUUGGUUAGAAAAGAUGACACUGAAGAGCCACAAACGCAAAAUAGUCUCCCACUAGAACCCACUCAAACUCAGUCUAGCUGGAUUUCAGGAUGGUUCACCACAGAAAGUAAAAAUGAUGAAGAGCCCUUGAAAGUUGUUACUGAAUCUUUAGAAGAAAAUAAAUACCAAGGGAGAAAAAUAAUGGUAACAGAUGAAAAUGACUUACAGGAGCCAAAUGACGAGGAGGAACAAGAACCCCCAGCACCUGGUUGGUUUCAAGGUGGACUGACGAACUUUCUGUUUUUUGGUGAAGAGAAUGAAGAUGUAGAUUUGGCAUCAGAAAAAAAUGAUCCACAAAUCCAUGAUGUUUCUGGUGUGCCUGAGCAUACCAAUACUGAACAGGAAACACCAGACACAGAGUUACUGUCAGAAGAAGAAAAGAGUGAAAGCCAAGAAUCCAAAUCAAAUUGGUUUAAUUUGGGUUUAAGCAAUGUUCUUAAUUUUGGCCAUGCUGAGAAAGAUACAAUUGCUACAGAGGACCAGAAAAGUGGAGAAACAAAGGAUGGAGCAAAUAAGAACGAGGAAGAGCAGACUUUAGACCAGAAAGAAUCAGACAUGGACAAAGAACCAAAGGAGACAGCUAAAGCAGUGACAGAGGAAGAUGAAGAGAAUUAUGCACAAGAAAUAAUAGAUUCACACAGGCCAAAUCCUGAGGAGAUACCAGCAAGCGUACAUACUGUUAAUGACACCAAAACCACCUCAAAUAGCACAGAAUCAUCUCUUGAUAUACUGACAUGUGACAAAGAGAAGCCAAUUGAACCUUACAGUUCAGAAGAAGACUUGGUAUCAGAAAUCCAACAGUUGAAAAACACUGAAGCUGAAAAGAGAAAUCAGGAGUCAGAAAGCAGACGUGGCCAGUCAGGUUGGUAUACAAAUAUCUAUAAUAGUUUUAUUGAUUAUAAUACAGACACACUUGAUAAUCAACAGGGACAUGAAUCAAUUGCAUCAGAUCAGAUUUCUUCUUCUCCUAGCCUACCUCCGAAUUGUGAUCCCUCAGACAUAAAACAUACAGAAGAAAAGCCCGACAUAUCUGAAGAAGAGAGCCAUUUCUUCUCUUUUAGACAUUUUGCAGACAUACUGAAGUUUCAGAGUUCAACAGCCAAAGAAGAGCAAGUGCAGAGUUAUGGGGAACUACCAGGAACCACAAAUAAUCAUCCGGGCAUCAAGAAGACCCCAUGUGACAGUGAACCAAGUCUUAGUCUGGAAACACCUGAGAAAGACAAACCAGUCAAAGGUUGUAAUGCACAACAAAAUUCAGCAUCCAAAAGCCAUUUCAAAAUGGAUAAUGAUGUAAAAGAGAAAAUUCACAAACCAGAGAAUAAAAACAACCCACUGAGUUUUUAUGAAAACAACAUCAAAGAUUUCAGUCAGGAUAUUUUUAAUAACGAACAUAAUCAGAAACCUGGGGAGUCCCAAGAACUGACUCCAGACCAACCUUUCUCUCCUCAAACCUCAUCUAGUAGCUUUGGUUUAACAGGUACCAAAACUUCUGAAGAAAGUGGCCAUUUGGAAGACAUGUGGAGUUUCAGAAUGGAAGGAGUAGGCAGAAGAAAGCUACUAGAAGAAACACCAGAGAAGAAACAUGAAAUGAAUGUAGCUGUAGAUAGGGAACUCAGCAGUGACCAAGAUUCAAAAGGAAUAGCCAUUGCUUCAGUAAAUUCUGAAAUAAAAAUGGACAGUUCAGUAGCUGACUCCGUAUUUGAUGUCAAAAAGCCUUUCUCAGAUGCCAUCCAGAACUAUGUUCCAAGCAAUGAAGGAGGCUGGAUAUAUCGAAUACUAUUCUGCUUGAAUGCUCUGGAGAUCAGGGAGUCAAUGAAAUCUGUAUUGUCAGCAGUGAUAAGUGUUAUCAAAAAGGCCGUGGCUUCACUGCCUGAAGAUAUGAGACCUGGCCCUGAUCUGUAUGGUUUCCCAUGGGAAAUAGUGAUUUGUGCUGGCAUUGUUGGAGCAUUUACAAUUCUCUUGUUUCUGUACAGAAGUUACCAAUCAGUUAGAAGUCGACUUUAUGUAGGAAGGGAAAACCAGCUUGCCAAUAAAAUUGCUGAACUAAUUGACGAAAAAUGCAAAAUUCUUGAAAAACUCAGCCUUUGCAAAAAAGAGUUUGAAGGUUUAGAAUUGUCUCUGAAGGAUGGUAAUAUUAUGAAAGAAUCAACAGACACGUCUUUUUUUGAGGAAAUGCAUGAAAAACUGAACAAGUCAAACUUGGAACUCAACCAGGAAAUAGAGAAUCUAGAAAAAGAACUGGAAGAAGAAAAAUCUAAACAAUCAGAAAAUGAUAUCUUGGUGGCUGAAAUUCAGGAGAGAGUGGAGUCUUUAGAGAAUGAAGAAAAAUCUAUCCAGUCACAAAUUGAUGAGGCCAAGUCCACCCUAAAAGUCUAUCAGAUUAAUACAGAGAGACUCAAGACAUCUCUUCAAGAUGCAGUAGAUGAAAACAGCCAUCUCCAGGAAAGUGAGAAACAGCUUUUACAAGAAGCUGAAGGAUGGGGUGAACGAUUUAGUGAACUCAAUGAACAAACGAAGAUGUUUGAAUCGUCUAAAGCAGAUGUAGAAGAAGUUUUGAAAAAUAAAGAGAGUCAAAUCAAGUCACUGACACAAUAUAUACUGAACAUGAAAGACUGGAGUUCAGCAAUAAGAGAAGAUGAUGACACUGAAGACAAUCACUGGGACACAGAUACAAAGGGCGAGACAGAGAAUGGAGAGCACUUAGAUGAUGAACAAAAACGAACCGUAAAAAAAUUGAUCUAUGCUGCAAAGUUAAAUGCUUGUUUAAAAACCGUGGAAGGAGAAAGAGAUCAAAUGUAUUCAAAACUGUCCGAUGAAAAUAAAGCUAAAGAAGAACUUACAGAACGCAUAGAAAACCUUCAAAGUCAACAAGCUUCCUUGCAGUCUGAAAAUGAACGUUUUGAAAGUGAAGUUCAAAAGCUUCAGCAGAAACUUAAAGUAAUGACUGAGCUUUAUCAAGAAAAUGAAAUGAAACUACACAGGAAGCUGACAGUAGAAGAGAGGGAACGUUUACAGAAGGAAGAAAAGCUGUCUAAAGUAGAUGAAAAAAUUAAUCAUGCUGCUGAAGAACUAAACAGCUACAGAGAGCGAGCAAAGGAUCUUGAAGAAGAGCUAGAAAGAACCAUUCGCUCUUAUGAGAAUCAGAUUACUUCGCAUGAGAAGAAAGCUCAUGAUAAUUGGCUGACAGCCCGAGCAGCUGAAAGACAUCUUAAUGAUAUAAAAAAAGAAAAUGCACAUAACAGACAAAAAUUAACUGAAGCAGAAUUUAAACUUGAACUUUUAGAAAAAGAUCCUUAUGCUCUUGAUGUUCCAGUUAGACCAUUUGUCAGAGAGCAUUCCCCAUAUGGACCCUCACCAAUGGGCCGGCCUUCAUCUGAAACAAGAGCUUUUCUUUCCCCUCCAACUUUAUUGGAGGGUCCUUUAAGGCUUUCACCUAUGCUUCCAGGUGGAGGAGGAGGAAGAGGAUCCAGAGGACCAUCUGCUAUGUAUGAAGCUGGUAGCGAAAGAGGAGAGCUGAUUUCUGAUAGAUUAACUGAUCCCCACAGACCACCAUCAGAUACUGGAUCCCUGUCUCCUCCUUGGGAGAGAGAACGAAGAAUAAUUCUGCCUCCACCAGGUGAGCCUUACGCUGACCCAGUUCUUCCUCCUCGAAGACAAGAAAGAUUUUUCCCUAAUCCUCCAAAUACUGGAAGACUUUCUGGACCAGCAGAACUACGAACUUACAAUAUGCAGUCUUUUGAUAAAACAGACGGACAAACAUCUUCAGAACAUAGUCCACGAACAGAGCCAAGCGGAGAUGGGAUGAAGGAUCAUUCUAACCUUAGUAACUCGGUCCCUGAUCAGUCGCUGGUACCUGAAAGUGAAGCUGUCAGUUCAGGGUUUGUGCCCCCACCUUUCCCUCCAGUUAGACCUCCAUUGAUGCCUGUGGAUCCUAGAGCACCACCAGUACCUUUCAUGAGACGAGGACCUCCUUUUCCUCCCCCUCCUCCUGCUGGCAUGUAUGGACCACGGGAAUGUUUUCCAGUACGAGACUUCGGGCUUCCGCGCCCUCCACUGCCAAUAAGAAAUCCAUUUCCGAUGAGACCUUAUCCUCACUAUCCACCUCAACGACCUGGAUUUUUGCCUCCACCACCUCCUCCUGAAAAUAGAGUUGAACCACCUCAGUCAAAUCCAUCAGCUGCAGACCAACCAGAACCACAGCAGGAGACUUGAUGGCCAUCUGGGGAAUGUGCUGAACCCUUUCUGUGCUCUCCUAAUGGCAUUUUCCUUAUGUUAAGUAACUGUUGUUACUUAGGUAUAUAUAAACUACUUUGCUCAAAUUGAAGCUUAACAGAGAAAAUUCUCAGGAUAGUACAUUGUAAAUAAAGAAUGAAAUAACUAUGAAUAUUGUGAAUAAGUGAUUUCCACUGUACAAUAGUCAUUUUAAAUUAAGUAUUUCUAACUUGAGUAAUCUCUUCAGAGGUGUAUAAAAUUAAAUCAUGUGAACCAUAUUGUAAAAGUCCAGCUGCUCUGUCCUUGUUGACCUGUACAGGGAAUCUCUCUGCAUGCCAAAAGUGGUGCUUGCUGCUUUAUGACUAGGAUGUGAAAACAAAUGGAAACCGUUAAUAAAAAUCUACAGAAAAUGAAA